CAGAGUGAAAAUACAGAUAGGAGACGAGCAGCCGGAAGUGUAGCGUCGUGUAAGAAUCAGUCACUUAUCUCUGCUCUGGGCUGAUGAUUGCAAUUGUUUGAUUGUUGAUUGGUGGCGCGAUCUUAUCAGUGCAAGGGAAUGGGAACAUCGAACACCGCACUGGAGCUGUGUCUGUCAGCAAAGAGAUCCAGAGACAAUCAGCCAGCCAGCCAGCCAGCCAGUCAUGGGUUGCUCCUGCUCAAGGCCAUUGGAAUACGACGGCUCCACGCCGAAUCCACUGCAGGCGGCUAUUGCCUCACAGCCACGCGUCCAGCGGCGACGUCAACAGGAGGAGAAGCGCAUGCGUCAGCUGCAGAAACUGCAAAAGCGAAAUGCACGCAAGCGGCAGGCUAAGCGAGGCUCAGGCGGUGGCUCAUCGGGAUCGAUACAGCGUCGGCGGGUGAGCGGCAAACAGAAUCAGGAUUUGGCACUGCAGCUGCGACUGCUGGGCGGCAGCAAUGGCAGCAGCGCCACGGAGUGUGUCAGCGCACUGUAUGCCCGCACAUUGGAGCACCAGCGGGAGGAGCUGCAGCGCACCAUCGAGCAGAAGACACUCCAACAGCUGGACAAGGAGCUGCACACGUUCCUGCUCAAUCAGCUGCUGCUGGGUCUGCAGUUCUUUGCGCACUUUGAUGCCGAAAUGGCAGCCAUGGAUGUCGAGCUGCAAACACAGCGACGUUUGGCCUGUGGCCAGUCCCUCACCGAGCACAGUCUGCUGCAGGCGAGCGCCAUAGAUGUGACUGUGGCCAAGCAUCUGCACUUUAAGCCCAUAGCUGCCAAGAAGUCGCAGCCUCUGCAGAAGCCUCUGACAUAUGUGGUGUUCGAGAACGUGGAUAUAUCACGGCCGAAUGAUGCCAACUACGACUCGAUAGCCACACUCUGCAAGGUGUUGCUCGAGUCUGACUAUUACACAUCCACGCCCUGCCGCUCGGAAUAUGUGCAGCUCAUGGAGCAGUCCCGCUGGAUGGGCUACGUGCGCCUGAAGCUCCGGGAGCAGGGACAGCCAGCCAGUCCGAUUGGGCGUGGCAUUGCCGCCAGCAGCGGGGAUGAGGGUGAUGCGGGCAUCUACACGGACGGUGGUGGAUCCACCUCUGGCUACAGUUCGGGCAGCUGGCGGGAGGGUGACUACGAUCAUGUCUACCUGGAGCGCCUCAACACUCUCCGAUCCAUGGAGGAACUGAGAAUGUGCAAUGCAUCGCCGCUGGAGCGAAACAUCCUGCCGGAGGGUUGCGUUUGCCAACUGUCCAGCUGCCUGCCCGCCUGGCUGGAGCAGUCCGAUGAUGAGGAUGACAACGAGGAGGAGUCCAGCAAUGGGGAGGAGGAGGAGGAAGUCGAACAGGAGGCACCACGUUCCGCCUACGAGACAGUCCAGGUGCUGCGCCAGUAUCGCGUGGAACAGCAGCGACGACAGGCACUGCUUCAUCAGAGUUACCUAAGCUCCGAGCAGUUUAUGAAGUACUUUGGGGAUCUGCUGCGCCAGCAUCUGGCCAGCGAGCUGAACAUCUCCGCCUCGUUGCUGGCGACUGCCAGCUAUCGGGGCUGCAGCGUCUACACGGACAGGGAGGAGCUGGUGCCGGCCAUUCAAGUGCACAACGCCUGGCCCGAUUGCGCCUUCGAGUUCAAUCUGCGGGCACGUCCGCGGCUCACCAAUCUGCACACAGACGAGAAGUUCCAGUGGCCCACGGAGCAGAUGAGGAAUCGCAUACGCUCUUUUGGCUUCCAUGUGGUGCCAGUGGGCUAUGCGCCGAAGCAUUCGCGGAAUCCAUUUCGGGCGCUCGAGUGGCGCAUUGUCUUCCCGCAGGCGGAGCAGUUUCUGGAGCGCCAGCUGACGUCCAUGCAGCUGAAGGUGUUCCUGCUGAUGAAGGUGCUGGUGCGCACCUUUGUGAGCGACAAGUGCCAGGCGAUGGGCAGUCUGGUGGAGCAGCUGCGCGCUCAUCUCUUCUGGCAGUGCGAGCGGCACAGCAACGACUGGCCCGAGGAGUUUCUCGGCGAGCGGCUGCUGCGCUUUGUUCGCUCCUUUGACGACUGCCUCGCCCGUAAGCAUCUCAGCGAUUACUUCGUCGAGCGGCGGAAUCUGUUCGAGCAUGUCCCAGAGGAUGCCCUCAUGGAGCUGCGCUCCAUUAUGGCCGGCAUUGCCGAGCAGCCGCUCCUCCAUCUCGUGCAGGCACUGCGCAAUCUCGAGCAUGCGCCCGACUUCUAUCCCAAGCUGGACUACAAGCGGCUGCUGGAUAACUUCUUCUGCCAGGACUACCUGCAGCUGCACAGCUGGGGUAGAUUCUACCGCAACACUUCCAACCCAAUCCAGCAACAGCAGCAGCAACAGGUGGAUGAGGAGCAGCAGCAGCAGCAGGAACGACCAGAGGUGACCGAUGCCCGUGGGCUGCUGGGCAUGCCGCAGCAUCAGGAGCGCUCACGGGGCAAGCUGCGUCGCAAGACCCAAGUGCUGCAGGCCUCCCACCAGCAGCUACAGUUGGCCGAUCAGCGGCGUUCCUCGCUGGACUCCUCGAUGAUGGACAUGUCCAUGCAGCUGCUGCUGUCGCGCUCCUGCAGCGUGCAGGAAACUCCACAGUCGCAGUCCGCGGCGCAGGCGGGGCCGCAGCUGAACAACGGCCUGGAGAUACUGCGGCGCACCAAUCUGUUGGAGCUGCUGAUCGAUCAUCUGCUGGCGAUGCUGGCCAAGGCCACACAAUUUGGCAAUCGGCUGCACGCGGAGCUCUACUUGGAGCAGGCACAGCGGCUGUGCCGCCUCUACCAGCAGCUCGGCUGCUCUCAGAAUGCCCAGCACUAUGUGGAGGAGCUGCUGCAGGCGUCUGCAGGCAUUGAGCGGAUGUCCGUGGACGGUGCGGAGACGCCGCCUGCCCUGCCACGACGCAGCUUCUCGGGCUCGGAACAUCGUUCGUCGGUGACUCCCAAGCAGCGUCGCAAGUCCCUCAAAUUCAUGGAGCAUGUCGUGCAGAUACAUUCACCCGAUGCCAUGUCCAGGCAGGUUCUGCCUCUGCCUCACCUCACGGCCCCUGGCAUUCUGAAGGGAAACACACAGCCCAAGCCCGAGCUGAUAGAAGAGCCCGCUCAGACAGUCUCCCGUGCCACGGAGAGCAUCCUUUCACUCAACACUCUGCUGCAGCGUCUCAACGUGGAUCCAGACAGACUACAGACCCUCAACAACAAGACGGAACAGGUGCUACAGACGCUGGCCCCGUCGGAGACCAGGCGCGACGAGCUGCGCGACAUUCUCAAGCGCAACACGCAAAAGAUCAGGGAAGCCUUCAACUGAAUUCAUUCAUCGCCACUCAAAGCUAAGAGCCGAGACUCCGAGUACCUGGAGAUAAUA